CCACCUCCUGUCAGUCCCCGGCCUGGUCAGUCACUCUCAGUUCCUCUCUCCCAAUGUCGGGUUGUAUGUUAGCGGCGGGAUGAGGUUGGGGGCUUGUUGGUUGAUGCUGCUCCUGUGCGGGCUUGAUGCAGGACACUCAUAUAACAUACAGACCUCACAGGCUCACGGGCACAUUGUCCUUGCUCGGGAUUCAAGGGGGAAGCUUACCCGUAAUAACCAUAGGAACGUAACCCAUGGAUUUGGGGUACAGCUGAGUCAUUCCAGGGUUCAGAAGGAGGAAUCUAGAUCACACUUGAUAGACGAAACACCUUACUGGGAAAUAAAUCCAGAAAUCCACAUUGAUGGUCAUAGAUUGAGCCUGAAGGAAGCUGUCCAAAGUCUUCCCAGCCAGCUACAGCUCACUUUGCAAAUAGAAGAAACAACGGUCCUGGUGGAAUUACAUCACAGUUGGUACCUGCUCCCGGCUUCCUACGGCUUGACCUAUUAUCUUCCGAAUGGAACACGUGUAACAGAGAACUCUGAUCCGAGAAAUUGCUAUUAUCGAGGACAUGUGGUUGGGAACACAGGUUCUUGGAGCAGCUUUAGUUUAUGCUCAGGGCUCAGCGGGGUUGUCGUCUUGUCUCCAGACAGAAGUUAUAGUAUCGAACCUAUACCAGGAAAUUCUUCCAAUAUGCACGUAUUGCGCCCAAUCAGGGACAGAAUGCUGUGGAAUCUGACAUAUGAGUCAGUGGAGGAUUCAUAUAAAACAUCAGAGGCUCGCACGAAGCUUAUGGAUCGGACAGAGCUUUCUGCCCUUAAGAGGAAGAAGAGGAACAUUGUGAAUGAAACUAAGUAUGUUGAAUUGGUGAUGGUUGCAGACAAUAGUGAGUUCAAAAUGUUCCACGGAGACCUUAAGAGCCUUCAAACAAGGAUGCUGGAGAUGGCAAACAAGGUUGAUGCGUUUUAUCGUAUGCUUAAUGUGCGAGUAGUUUUGGUCUCUGCUGAGGUCUGGAACCAGAAAGAUGAGAUCCUAGUAAGUACAGAUCCAGGUGAAACACUGACCCGAUUCUUGGCAUGGAGAGAGAAGCAGUUGUUGCUGCGAGUGCCACAUGACAAUGCUCAACUUUUAACUGGUGUCACAUUUAAAGGCUCUGCUGUAGGAAUGGCAACCAUCAAUUCAAUGUGCACAGCAGAUCGGUCUGGAGGUGUUAAUAUGGACCAUUCUGUGAGUAUCUUAGGGGUGGCAUCCACUAUGGCACAUCAACUGGGGCACAAUCUCGGUAUAACCCAUGACACAGUGGCUAAGAAGUGUGGAAAUCCAGUGAAUGGGAGAAAUUGGAUCAUGGAGCAGUCUGGAGGGUUUAUGCCUGGCCUUGCUUUCAGUAACUGCAGUCUCUCAGAUCUGGUCUAUAACCUCAAGCAGGGGGCUGCUAUGUGUCUCUAUAAUGUUCCAUCCCCCCGGAAUGUGUUUGGAGAGCCGCGUUGUGGAAACAUGCUGGUGGAGGAGGGAGAACAGUGUGACUGUGGACUUACUCAGGAAUGCACAGACCCAUGCUGUAAUGCCACCUCAUGUCAACUAGUGGUUGGUGCAGAGUGUUCCUCCUCUGGAUUGUGCUGUUCUCAGUGUAAGCUGAAGCCUAUAGGGUCUUUGUGCCGUGAAGCAGUUGGAGAAUGUGAUCUACCAGAGUUUUGCAAUGGCGUGUCUCCUCAGUGCUCCUCAAAUGUGUUUCUGCACAAUGGAGAGUCAUGUGAUAAAGGCCGUGCUAAAUGCUAUCAGGGGAAGUGCAUGAACCCCCAACUCCAUUGCCAGAACCUCUGGGGACCUGGUUCUUCCCCCGCCCCAGAAACCUGCUUCAGAAGACUAAACAUGAGGGGAGACAAAUAUGGAAACUGUGGUCGGAGGCCAAAUGGCACCUACGUGCCUUGCACAGAAGUAGAUGCACCCUGUGGGAAAAUACAGUGUCAAGGGGGAGAUAUCGGAUUCAUGGUGGGAUCUGAUGCCGAUAUUGUGACCGUGAAUGUAACUGUGAGUGAGGCUAUGGAAUCCUGCCAGGCUGUGCACUUUAAUAUUGGUGAUGACGUAUGGGAUGCUGCCAUGGUGAUGACUGGAACUUUGUGCGGGGAAGGUAAGAUAUGUGUUAGACACAGGUGUCAGGAUGCAGCGUUGCUCCUAGUCAAAGGCUGUAAGAAUAAAUGCAGUGGGAAUGGGGUUUGUAACAGUAAUAAUAACUGCCACUGUGCCCCGGGCUGGGCACCUCCAGAUUGUGCAAGUGCUGGACAAGGUGGCAGCAUUGACAGUGGGCCUCUUGCUUUAGAAAAAGCUGGUAGAGGCCACGCUACUACCUUCCUUCUGGUCUUCCUCCUGUUUAUUCCGCUUGUGAUCUUGCUGGUAUUCUGUUAUAAGAAACGUGAGUUCCUGCAUAGAAGACUUGAAAACUUUAGCAAAGGUAGAAGCUGUCAGUACAGGGUGACCCAGACCGACAACAAAUCCCGUCCACAACGCCCUCCACCACCUCAGCGGACUCAAAGUACUGAGCUGCAGAUUAUGUCUGCCACUAGCCAGGCCAACUAUCAGGGUUCUGAGCGCCCUGAACCACCAUCCAAGCCUCUUCCACCUGAUCCAGUGAAAAGGCAGAGUUCUGACCGGCCUGAACCACCAUCCAAGGCUCUUCCACCUGAUCCAGUGAAAAAAAACUGCCAGGCUGCUGCUCAGGACAGGCCGCCUCCUCCUAAUCGGCCACUUCCUGCAGAUCCCCUACUGCAACGGGCUCAGGAUGCUGCUCAUGGCAAGCCUCCUCUUCCAAGGAAACCUCUCAUCUAUGAACCACUGCUGCAGCACCAAGACCCUAUCCUCCGUUUGCCAGUAUACUUUGACAGUACUGCACCAUCACGACCUGCCCCUCCGCCUCCAGGUAUAACUAGAACACCCCGUGUGUAGCCGAUGCAAGUUUUACAUGGACAUGGAAAGACAGUAUUACUGUGGACACAGACCCUGCCCCCUGCGACUGGGGAAUUUAAAGACCCUCAAUAUCAGCAAGUGGGGAAGGGUAACGAGCAAAGAUAUUUAAAUGACACUUUAGCUGCUGUGAGGUCAUUGAAUACUUUACAGACUAAGACUUUUGUCUUCCUUACUGCCUGGGUUUACCUCUGGCUGGGCUUAUGGGGACAUCAGGUGACCCCCAAAUCAUGAUGACAAAGCCCCUGCUGUAUAUUGCUUGUCAUCCUCAGGGACCGUGUGUGUGGACGUGUGCGCGUAGGCAAGUGUGUGUGUGUGCACAUGCGUGUGUGUGGAUGUGUGCGCGUGGGCAAGUGUGUGCACAUGCGUGUGUGUGGACGUGUGCGCAUGGGCAUGUGUGUGCUGGGCUGCUAAGUAUAUGUGUGUGUUAUUAUGUACAGGAUUUGUGUACAAGUAAGUGCAUAAGGGAAGAGGUGAAUGAAUGAAUAUUUGUAUUGCUGGUAAAGUGUAAUUGUCAGGAACCCUGCAAGACGUACUCUUAUCACAUAAGAGUGAUAAUCCAAUAGCUGUUCAUUUUAAUGCAGAUUAUGGAUAAAGGGAAUUUGUUGGAUAAUAAAAUGGAAGCUGGAAUUUCCACUGAAAGAUUAAACAUUUUUUAAAGGUG